CGGGAGUUGCUUACGUGUUAGGGAAGGUGGGGGCAGCGGUUUGCAGACGGGAAUUGGUUGGAGAAGCGGGAACCGAAGAAUCAGAGGAGUUGAAAGAGACCUCUGGAGAUCAGCUUGUCCAACCUCCUGCUGAGGCAGAUUCCCUAGAGUGCCUUGCACAGUUUCUGAAAGUGUCCAGGCGGAUUUUGAAUUCUUCCAGAGAAGACUGCACAACCUCUCUGGGCAGCUUGUUCCAGUGUUCUGUCACCCUCAAAGUACCUCCUGCAGGAAGCUAAAGGAAGAACAGAAUUAGGAAGCACCAUGUCUUCAGUCUCAGCUUAUUACAAUGGAAAGACUGUACUUAUCACAGGAGCUACAGGUUUCAUGGGCAAAGUGCUGGUGGAAAAGCUUCUGCGCUCCAGCCCUGACGUAAAAGCAGUUUAUAUACUUGUAAGACCAAAAGCUGGACAGUCAAUGCAAGAGAGAGUGGCCAACAUGUUGAAAUGCAAGGUCUUUGACAGGGUUCGAGAAGAUUGCCCUAAUUUCCAUGAGAAGAUUAAGCCUAUUAAUGCUGAACUCACUCAGCCCAAGUUGGCCAUCAGUGCUGAAGAUGAGGAGGAGCUUCUGACCCGGGUCAAUAUUGUCUUCCACUGUGCAGCAACAGUACGCUUUGAUGAACCCCUAAAACAUGCCUUGCAACUGAAUGCAAUGGGCACACAGAGGCUUCUAGAACUGGCCCAGCAGAUGCAGAAGCUGGAAGCUUUCAUCCACAUCUCCACUGCCUAUGCAAACUGUGUGCGGAAGUGCAUAGAUGAAAUCAUCUACCCACCUCCAGCUGAACCCAAGAAGCUUUUUGAUUUAGUAGAGUGGUUGGAUGAAUCUAUCAUUCAAGAUAUCACACCCAAGCUUCUUGGGGACUGGCCCAACACUUACACCUACACCAAAGCCUUGUCUGAAUACCUAAUUCAGCAAGAGAAAGGAAAUUUGAACAUCGCUAUCAUUAGGCCGUCCAUCGUGGGAGCUAGUUGGCACGAGCCUUUUCCAGGUUGGAUUGACAGCUUCAAUGGGACAAGUGGAAUAUUUGUUGCGGCAGGAAAGGGGAUUCUAAGGACCGUCAUUGCUAACAACGAAGCGGUGGCUGAUAUGAUUCCAGUUGAUGUGGUCAUCAACCUCACCCUUGCGGCUGGGUGGUACACUGCUGUGCACAGACCAAAAAACAUGUUGGUGUACAACUGUACAACAGGCGGAAUCAAUCCUUUCUUCUGGGGAGAAAUGGAGCAGUAUGUCAUGUCCACAUUCAAAAGAAAUCCACUGGAACAGGCCUUCAGAACACCCAACGCUCACUUGACAUCCAACUACUUAAUAAACCAGUACUGGAUAACUGUUAGUCACAAGGCUCCUGCCAUACUCUAUGACCUGUACAUGAAGCUCACAGGAAGAAAGCCCAGAAUGAUGAAGAUUAUCAAUCGACUACACAAGUCUAUGAUGCUCCUGCAGUAUUUCUCCACCCAGUCCUGGGAUUGGUCUUCAGAUAAUAUGAAUAUGUUAAUGGGUCAGCUUAACACAGAGGACAAAAAGUUAUACAACUUUGAUGUUCGUCAGCUGCAUUGGUCAGAAUAUAUUGAAAGCUAUUGCCUAGGUGCUAAGAAGUAUUUGCUAAAUGAGGACAUGUCUGGCAUCCCCGCAGCAAAGCAGCACUUACGAAAACUGAGGAAUAUCCGGUAUGCAUUUAACACCACCCUCCUCGUGAUCAUCUGGCGCAUUUUCAUCGCAAGGUCACAGAUGGCUCGAAACAUCUGGUACUUUGUGGUGAGCCUCUGCUACAAGUUCCUUUCCUACUUCAGGGCAUCCAGCACCCUCAGGCACUGAAGCUGUCCAUCAACAACCAGCCUCUUCCAGAAGGACCUCCAAUCCCCUCUAACCAGCAACUAUGGGCAUCGAAAUCUGAAAGUAGCAGAAAAAUCCACUCCCUCCAACUGCAACCUGCAUUUAUUGUGCACUGAUAUGUGUUCACCUUUUUAGUUUUAACCAGUGCUGUAAUACAUGGUGGUAUUUAUUCCAUAGGACCAGACUGAUUCUUAAAACCAUAAAGCUUUAGGAAGAGAUGAAGAUGGAAUCUUUUAUUGAAAGUUCAUUGUGCAAGAGUAAAGAUUAACCAAAGUUGCAGUCUUCCCAUGUACUACCUAUUUUAGACUAUUUUAAUCCCAUCCUCCUCCAUAAAAGGGGCACAUUUAAAGUACAGAACCUUGGAAGAAAAUAAUGCCAUCAGAGAAUACUCAGUCAAGGAAAUUAACCUUUAAGAGGUCUUCCUAAGAGGCUAUUUAUUCCUUUAUUCUCAUUCAAAAAUUUUCCAUUUUCCAUUUUUCAAAACCUAGAGGGGAAAACCAUGAGUUACACUAGGCCAGUGAACACACUGAACAGUUUUCAGAUCUUGUCUUAUAAUCCUACUGAGGACUGAUACUUUCAAGCCAUAACUGAAGACACAAAGAGAAUUUAUGUACCUAUGCUAACUGUACUCACUCACAUGCUGCUUUGUUAUGGAGAGGCGUUUUUUCUCUCACUGGUUAAGGAUGCAGUUAUCUUCCAUUAAACAGCUUUGUUCUUGCAUUUAUCACUUUUGCUUGGCACAUUUCUUCAGCUUGAAAAAUGCUCUAUUUACUCUGAGGAUAAAGAGAAGAAUACCUAAAAGAUUGAAGAAAAAUUCUGAAACUCGUUAUUAUUUUUGAGAAGUAGGUCCUUUUCUCCAUUCCAUUUGCCUCCCUGUAGCUCAAAAACAAGCUGAUACUGUCCUUCAGAAUCUCACUACAGCUAAAUCACUUCACAGUUGAUCACUUCAGCUGGUGAAAAAUACGUACAGACAUGUAUGGCGGGAAUCUUAUCAAUCAGGACAAUUCUGCUACCACUUGUCUGAAACUUAUUUCUGUUGAGGUUAAGAAAGGUUUCAAAGGUUGACUUUGUGUAAAAAUCAUCAUGUGCUCUGAAAGUAAUUGUUCUACUUUGCAGUUUAGAAAGGAAUUCAAGGAUCUUAUUAAAGCUCAUGGCUAUUGGAGAUAUUUGUUUCACCUAGUGAAGUAUGAAUUCCUAUGGGAAAGAUUGGAGAAAGAGCUUUCUUCAAAGUAGCUGGUGCAAUGACAGUUUCAGUGCAACAAAUUUACUCAUGCCAUCAGAUUUUCAAAAUCAAAAGUAGUAUUGGAAUAUAUUUUAUUCAGAUUACACUGAAUAAGUAUGAUAAGAUUAUGAGACUUCAAAACAGUUAGUUUUUGAAACAACUGCAGCAUCCAGUUUGCCUACACUUGUGUCACAUUAGCUGUCUUAAUGCUACAUCUCAUAAAAUGACAUAGUGGCUCUUCUGAGAGCUGAGAAUAGUAUUUACAAAACUGUCGUUCUUCAAAAGGCUUUGGUAGCAAAGGCAAGAACAAGUUAUGAUGACAGUGUAUUUUUAUUUGAGCAUCCAAGCUGAUUCAGAAGUCUCUGUAAAGUUGCAAGGAAUUACAAGAUAAGAUAUGCUUGUAUGCCCCAUGGGUCUAGUUUUAAGCAACUGCCAAAUGAUGCCUGCAGCAUGCCCUAGCCGGAAACCUGGUAUCCAAAAUGGCAGGACUCCAGCAUUCCCUAGCAAAUGGGAAAAAAAUCCCCCUAUUACAUUCCUUCUGACCUGUGUUCAAUUAGGUUAAGCACACAGCUAACAAAGAUACCAUUUUUUUAAGCUCUUGACUUGAAAACGUACUUUCAAAAUGAAACUGUUAGCUAUCUGUUUUUCAAUGCUAGAAAGUUGGCAGUGCAUUUUGUGCAUUGUGCUUAUGUAAGAUGCCACUGCCUAGAAGACCAGGUUUACAAGCUGGGGUCCAGAUACCUUAUGUAUGCUCCUUCUGUAACAGCUUAUAUGGUGAAGGUCAGCUGCAUUGUACUUAACUAACUGGGACUAUGGUUACCUUAGUAGAGCGAGGCAGGUCACUACAGAGAUACCUCUAGAAAGACUGCAUUCCUUCAAGUGAAUAAUCAGAUCAUCAACCAGCUUCCAGUCUAAUUACACUAAAGGCUUAAAACAGAACAAAACAAAACUGCAGACUGUUUUGAAACAAACUUCAUUUUUUUUUAAAAAGUAAGAAUUCUAGCUCAUCUCCAAGAAGUCUUUUUAAGUGCCUGACUUACAUAUCAAGAGAAGCAGCAGCUAAGGGGAUCGUAGAUCUUAAGCCGCACUCAUUGUAAGAAAAAUACUGAGUCUCACAGAAAAGUCAAAUACUGCAGAUGUGCUACACCUACAGCAGAUGGCUGAUGUAGACCAGACAUGCUAUUGUUGGGCUAUGAGUACAGUUUCCUGCCUUCCCGUCACCAAUGCUAGUCAUGCCAUGCAUCCUUCAGAUAUGCCUGUAGGUAUUCAUAGUUAUUUGCAUAGGCUGUAUUGUUCCAACAAGUCUAAUAUGUAACUGCUCAUUAUGAAUACAUUUGGACCAGAUUUCUCCACAUGUAAAAGAACACUUCAGGCUUCACUCAGAACAUUGGUGGUAUCACAUUUUAAAUCUUCAGCAUUUUGCUGAAGAUAUCAUUACUGCAAAGCUGCUGCUCAUCCUUGAAAAACAGCUGGAAUGUUACAGAAAUAUUGCAAUUGCAGAUGGUGUAUGCUAUUCUAGAGACCUUCCAUAGCCUAUGCAAUGUUGCCAGAAGCUGGUUCCAGUGCUCUGGCCUUGCCUAUGAGGGAGAUCAAGCUGUUAGCUUAUUUUAACACAGACAUAAACUCAUGUGAAACUUGAAUCUUUUUUCCUGUGGCUUGUGACAUUUUCAGGUGAUCAUCUGAACCACAACAUAGAAAAAUGAUAGAGAAAUCCCAGUGGAGAAACUCACACAUGGCAGUGGUAUUUGUCUGCCAUUUCUGACAGUAAUCAUGAAAAGCUGCACCUAGCAAAAGAAUUUGUUCUCAAGUAGUGACUUACCUGUGACAUGUUUUACUUGUACUUCUCUGUGUACUUAUAUGUACUCUGAAGAAAUUCAAGUCUUGCAGAGAAUAUAUAAAAUGCUGAUUGACGACUUUUUUCUUUUCUUAUUCCAUGUCUCUCUCUCAUGUAUACUCACCAUCUGUUCGCAAAAGAAAAGCAAGCUAGGGCUUUUGUUUAGUUAAAUCAGAGGUCCUGCGAUGACCUCUGAUUUGUGCACCAAUUAAUGUGAACAGAUCAGAAAUGAAUACUACUCAUGGCUGAAGGCUAGAGGCUUUACUACCUGUAUGACUGAAAAUGGACUCACUCAGGCUUUUAAUUUUUUUUCCCUCUAUCAAGGUAGCAUGGUCAGUGAUAUAGGGAGAAGCUACAAGGGGCAUUUCUACAGCCAGUGCUCAUAGCAGAAUUGCUAGAUAUGGCACACCCUGCUCAGUGAGGAAAGGGAGAUGCAAGAAAUCAGAGAAGCAUGAGCUGCCAAACCUAGAGGACUCUGCCUCCCAAUGGGCAGGGGAGGAGCUCCAUCAGCAUUUUGUGAUCAGUUUGGCUUCUUCUCAUAAGAUGGAUAAAUUAAAAGGCUCCCUAACAACCUGUUCAGUUCUUUCCCCAGAAACCAACAGGCAGCAUAGAGAACAGUAUUAGCCACCAUCCUGCGUAGCCAGAAAAGAAAAAGUCUGCCAUAAGACUAUAUAAUGAGAUGAAUCAUCUAUGACUGUUUGUACUCUAUGAACCUGCGAUGUAGCUACUCACUCACAGUGCUGAAAGCCUUCAGUGCUGCUACAGAAACAGCAUGUAUCACUGCUGAGCCCAGUGUACUCAUGUUCUGUAAACACUUUUCUGUAGGCUGUAACUGUAUGAAAAUGUCAUUUCAUUGUCAAAGAACAAUGAGUACAAACUUGCAAUUAAGAAGUAUCUCUGCUUUUUAUUGAAUUGCUGUAACAACAACAAAAAAUCCCUAACUGAAUCAGAAUUGAAACUGCAAUUUGACUGACAACCAAGGCUGUUUAUCUCCAGCAUGUCUGCUAUGAAAAAUAAAAUUUCUCUCCUCUAUCCUUCUUUACCCCAAUAACUUUAUUAAGAAAACUACAUUAUUUCUUUGUAGUAGAAAUGGGUAACAGACAACUGGCAUUCAACUUAAUGUUGGCACAUUGCCCACCUCCUCAAUGGAUUUGUUAUUUUACAUUUUACAAGAAAACAUCACUAUAGCUGUGUGUGCAUGUUUACAUCUUUCCACACAAGUCUUCUCAUGCAACACACAGAGAGGGUAAUAUAGAGGUGUUUAUACUGAAAUGACAGGCCUCCCUUCUUUGAUAUGCUCUAUUCUAAAUCAGUUUAAGAUUAAACAAGAAAACCUAUCCGUUUCAAAUGUAAAGAAGAUCUAACCUGUAGUGCUAUUAAAUAAUCAAAUAAUUACAUUGUAUGAGCAAUUGGGAGAAGGUGGGGGGCGGGGGGGAGCAUUCUUUUAUUUGUAAAUAUGCUACAGCUUCUUGGUUGAAAGCAUGGUGCUGCUCUUCCAGCACUAACAUUCUACUGCAGAAAACAAAGGUGAAUUUUUAAACUUUUAUUACAAUUAGAUCCUUUAUUCUAAUACUGAGUAAGUAAUAUACUGUAUAUUCACCAUAAAUUAAAAGGAAGAAUAUUUCACUAUAUGGUGCUAAAUAUUGGUAUGAAGAAAUUACAGACUUACUUGAGACAAUUUUAAAAAAAUUGGGGAAUAAUUAAGUACUAUCCUAUUUUUCUCUAUUCCUAAAAAUCGAACUGUGAACUGAAUGAUUUUGUUCAGAUUAACAUGAAGCUGCUUAUAAAAGGUUUCUUGUUCUUAAAUAAUCUUGGCAGACUCCAGUUUUACUUAGUAAAACAAAUAUUUUCCCGCUAUCCAAAGUUUAUAUGGUUUUAUCUGCUAUUUCUAUUCUUUUGUUAGCUAUGAGACAACUAUAAAUCUUAUAAAUCAUGCUUACAAAUUUCUAAGGUAAAGGUGUAAGCUUCUGAGCUCACAGAUCAGAUAAAAGGGUAAAUUCACAAAUUCUGAAAACUUCAGCCAUAAAAUUGUUAAUAUGAUAUUUAUGUUACUUUAAACAUUUAAUAAAACAGAAUAUUUUAAAACUA